UGAAGAGUUCAUCUAGCCUAGCAGUCUCUUCCUAACAUUGGCCAGCUGCAUGCUUCUGGAAGGCCCACCAGGAGGCUAAAUUUUACAAGAAAACAAUGUGGUGGUGUGACCACUUUUCUGAAAGAUGCUGUCUUGAAUAUUGCCUCUGGUCAUAGUGAACUGCUGUCCCAUAGAGAUCCAGUUCUUGCACUUGGAUAAAAUCAACACUUAUAUGAUUUGAGGGAGAAGGUGGUAGUAACUGAUGAUUCAGCUGGGAAAAUCCUGGAAUUGUAGUACAUAGAGUGACUGAAUGUUUGGGUUUUUAAAGCAUAAAACAUUUGCAAAUUCAAGAUCAAUUGUCCGAGAAAGUAUCAGAAGUGUACCAGAGGAACCAUUGGGAGAAGUAACCAUGUGACUGAGAAUUUUUGCUGCUUGACAAAUGGUCUUUCGAAGCCAGCUGUGAUGGAACCACCAAAUGGAGCUGAUGAGCAGCAGGAACUGCAGAGCAAGGCAGAACAAUCUCAGAAAGGUUCUGCGAGGAGGACUCCAGAGCAUAGCUGGGUGGCUUGGUGGACCGGAGGAAUUGCAUAUCUGUUCGCCGUGUCACAGAUAUUGGUUAUCUCCCUUAUGUUUUGGUAUGGUGGCUGUGAAACAAUCCCAGAGUUUCUGGAGGUUUUUGAGAUAUUGUCUGAUCUCCUUACUUCACCUGGACAAUUGUUUACAGAUUCUGAAAAGGAUCUGAAAAGAGAUGGGGGUAUCAUAGUGCCUUGCUUCCUGCUGUUUUUGGUUUCCUUUGGCUUGCUACUCCUAGGAAUAUUGAUUUGGUAUCUGCUGAAGACACCUCCAGACCCCCCAUUUCCCCUCCAAGAGGACAGGCGACAGUCUGUAAGCCGCCAGCCUUCAUUCACCUAUUCCGAGUGGACAGAGGACAAAACUGAAGAUGAAUUCCUCGAUCUGGACCCCGUGCCAGAGACACCAGUAUUUGACUGUGUGAUGGAUAUGAAAGUAGAGACAGAUCCAGCAACCCUAACGGUUAAAUCUGUGGGACUGCAAGAAAGGAGGGGUUCAAAUGUUUCACUCACAUUGGACAUGUGCACUCCAGGCUGUUCUGAGCAAGGGUUUGGCUAUAUUAUGUCCCCAAAGGAAGAGUCAGCUCGAGAAUACCUCCAGACGGCAUCAAACGUUCUCACUGAGGAGGAGCUACACCAGAAAGCAUUAGAUUCUUUUGUACUCCAGACAGAGUUUUUUGAAAUUCCGAUGAACUUUGUUGAUCCAAAGGAGUAUGAUAUUCCAGGUUUGGUCCGAAAGAAUCGCUACAAAACAAUUCUCCCAAAUCCUCACAGCAGAGUGUGCCUUACCUCAGACGAUCAAGAUGAUCCCCUGAGCUCUUACAUCAAUGCCAACUACAUUAGGGGCUAUAGAGGAGAAGAAAAGGUGUACAUUGCUACUCAGGGACCCAUAGUUAAUACUGUCAGUGAUUUCUGGAGAAUGGUGUGGCAGGAGCGUUCUCCAAUUAUUGUCAUGAUUACCAAUAUAGAAGAGAUGAAUGAGAAAUGUACAGAAUACUGGCCAGAAGAACAGGUUACCUAUGAAGGAAUUGAAAUCACGGUUAAAAGAGUUAUACAAGCAGACGAUUACCGGUUAAGGCUUAUUACCCUAAAGAAGGGUGAAGAAAUAAGAAAUCUGAAACACUACUGGUAUACUUCCUGGCCAGAUCAGAAGACUCCUGAUCAAGCACCAGCCCUGUUGCAGCUGGUUCAGGAAGUGGAAGAGGCCACACAGUGUGCAGAAGAACAGAAUGCUCCAAUCAUAGUUCACUGCAGUGCAGGGAUUGGUAGGACUGGCUGCUUUAUCGCCACCAGCAUUUGCUGCAAACAGUGGAAGAACGAGGGCGCAGUUGACAUACUCAGAACAACCUGCCAGCUACGGCUAGACAGGGGAGGAAUGAUCCAGACCUGUGAACAGUAUCAGUUUGUCCACCAUGUCAUGAGCUUAUAUGAAAAGCAGUUUUCUAGAGCAGCAGCAGAGGAAUAAAGAUUCGUGAAAAAUUGUUAUGAAACAAACCAACAGAACUCUGGCCACAAAUUGUAUGUAUUCUAGAGCUGAGAAGACACACGUGGGAAUUUCAGAAUAGAAGAUAUUUAUUUAUAAAUAUAUAUAUAAAUAUAUAUAAUAUAUAUAGUUUUACUUUCAAAAUGCUUUAUUUUGCAUUUAAGAGCUAAGAUACCGCUUUUCUUCAACAUGUGACAGGACAUCAUCUUCACCCCCCAAAAAGGCCUAUUUAUACUGUAAAUAAGAUCAGUAGCUUCAUUUAUUACAAACUUUUAAAAUAUCAUUGUCAGAUUUGCUAUUUUAAAAAACGAAUUACAAAAUUGCUACUAGAUCCAAAUACAGUGCAAAAGUCUUUGAUAAAUGUAUUGCUUAAGUCUGUAAUGUAUGUUUACUAAGCUUGAAAAGUAACUUUUUUGCCUUUUUUCUGAUGGAUUGUUUUUACAUUUUAAACUACCGGAUACUGUGUAUAUCAUAAGACCUUCUGAGUCUGUGCAUUAAAGGAUUCAAAUGGAUUCAUACUGAAA